AUGGCAGCGAGUUCGGCAGCUGCGGCUGCAACUUCCUGCAGCAUCUCUCGUCCGGUGUUCUUCGAGCCCUUCAAGCUGUCUGCCGACAGCUCGUUGCUCUGCCCGGCGCUCGGUGGCCUCAGGACAAGCCACCGGCGGCUCUUCACGCUACCCCGCCGUCGGAUACUUCCGGUGGUAAUUUCCUGCCUUGCUUCUAAUUCCAUUCCGGCGAAUCUCGGCAUCCUUUUUCUUACGUACAGUUCGCUCUGUUUGAACUCCUUUGUCGCACCGGUCGCUUCUAUCUUCCUGCAAGCCGAGGAUCCGCGCAUUUCAAUUAAUGAAUCGAUUAAAACGACGGAGCAGAGAGAGGGAGGGGGGCAUCUUAGUCGCCCAAAUCGAACGAAGAAAACACAUAAGAAAGGGUGGGCAGAUCCUUCCAUCUGCCCUGUAGUGGUGUGAAUUCGGCUGCCCUAGGCCUGCAUUACACGGGUGACCUUCGGUGAACUGAUUCUCUCCAGCUCUUACCCCUCUUCCCAGAUGACGCAAUGCAGCAAUGCAAUUUCUCUCUCUCUCUCUCGCUCGCUCUUGCUAAUUUUCUGCAGAGCGGGUUGCCAAAUGAUGGAAGGAUGCCGUGUGUUAUUGAUCCCAGGUCCCCUACAUCCAAUUCAUGUUUCUCCUCCCUGGGUCACAAAAGAUAAGCUUCCUGUCUCUGCUUGCAGAAGGCAGUCUUCAACCGGAACCAAUCUGAGCUCAACUCUAGCUUACCACAUUCGUUACCUUUUCCUGGCUCUGUAGUCAUCUCUCUCUGUCGAUCUAGGGUUCUUGAAGCAAUCAUAAUGAAAUCAAAACAUUUGUAGCCCUGUGCUAUAGGACCAUGUAGAGGACUAGUUGCACCGCCACUUACGGGGUGAUUAGAAUCUUUUGCGGCCAUCGCGAGGAAUCAAAUAGAGAACAUACCCAGUGAUUUUCCUCUGUAUCUACGAUCUGUGUGAACACAAACGAGUCGGUAGAAAUUCUUUAUCAUCCAAAAAGGAAUUUUUUUGUGGAAAAAUAUGUCUUAAGUUUCAAUAUUGUGAAAAGCAGUGAGCCAUAAGCUUUCAUGCUUGGUCUGGAACAUUUAAUAAAAUAGCUAAAAAAAAUUCUGAUUUUAGUCAUGGUAUUUGCGGAAAACAUUUUAUGGAGCGGGACCCACAAAAAAAGCAGAUCUACCAUCAUAAUAUUCCGACGGAUUCAACUCCGAAAUCGGUUCAUAUUUGUCCAAAACGUGUAUUUCUUCUCAAGGCUUUCCUUUUCUCUGCUCUGUAUGGACUGCAGGCACACAUUCAAUGCGGAUGUGGACAUCUACCUAUGUACUGCUUUGAGCUACUCUUUCAGCUAUUUCGGAUAACUUCUCAUCAAUGUCUCUGGCUCCCCAACUCCGCAGGUUAAAGCGAAGAAGGAGACAUUUCCUUCAUUUGACGACUUGGUGGAAAACUCUGAUAAGCCAGUGUUGGUUGACUUUUAUGCAACUUGGUGAGUCGUUGACUCUGAUUGCAAAUUAUGGUCUUAACAGAAGGAGGGGGCUAAUGCCGGCACUAAGUUGCCUAUUCUAAUUGUAAAAUUAUUCAUACGUUUAUGGGCAUUAAUCAGGAACACGCACUCACAUGAUUCAAACCUCCGAGGUUCAAUUUAAUAGGAAGAUUAUGAGUUGUAAGCUGCUGUUUUGAAGUAUGUUUAACUAUCUAUUGCUGGUUAGCUCUUUGCUUAAUCCUGUUGUAGGUGCGGCCCAUGCCAGUUCAUGGUGCCUAUUCUUGACGAAGUGAGUACUGAGCUGAAAGAUAAACUAGUAGUUGUGAAGGUGGACACUGAGAAGUAUCCGGACAUUGCCAAUCGUUACGGCGUGGAAGCACUGCCCACAUUUAUCAUCUUCAGAGAUGGGAAGCCCUGUGAUCGCUUUGUAAGUAAAAACGAUGGUAAAAAAAGUUGUCUAAUAUAUUUCUUUUUACCCUCUACCUGA